AUGUUUGGCCGCAAGAAGCGUGACGUUUCUCCUGAGGACAGGGUUCCAUCGGAGGAGACGGAUCGUACUUUGACUCCUGGUAUCGAUGGCCCUACCAAAGCCCAGAUCAAGAGAGCAACACGUACUCGUAUGAUCUGGGCUUUGAUCUCGUCCUUCCUUCUCCUCCNNCUGACUGUCAUCUUCAUGAUCCUCGUCGAGGUCGGAUGCACUGGCACUGGAAGCAUCAAAAGCAGUAUUUACUUUAUCAGCAUCAACCUAACCAACAUCUUCCCGGAGUCUGUUCCUGACGCUGCUAUCAUCAACUCUAUUGCCCAGACUAUCGGUCUGCACGAUUUCUACCGCGUUGGCCUGUGGGGCUUUUGCGAAGGUUACAAUGGCCAAGGCAUUACCGACUGUUCCAAACCUGAGACUCUAUAUUGGUUCAACCCUGUGCAAAUCAUCCUCAACCAGCUGCUCGCUGGUGCAACCAGCGCCUGCUUGUCCUUCGUCAUGAUGCUUUUGAACCCUCUUGCCGUCUUCUCUCGCUGGCUCACCCUGUUUACCGGCAUCUUCACCUUCUUGGCCGCCCUAUUCAUCACCGUUGCCACCGUCAUCGCAACUGUGAUGUUCAUCAUCAUGCAGAACGCAUUCACGUCGGUCGGGGAGCUUAAUAUUGGUGCAAGCCUUGGUAUCAAGAUGUUUGUCUUCAUGUGGAUUGCAGCAGGCACUUCGAUCCUUGCCUGGUUGAUCCAGACCAGUCUUUGCUGCUGCUGUGCCAGCAGAAGAGACGUCAAGAAGGGAAAGAAGACUGGAAGCAAGAAGGCAUGGAACACAGAGACACCUGGGAUUUCCGAGAAGGGAUCAAAGCGCGGAGUCUUUGGCCGCAAGUAG